GCUUUGCCAGCCCCGAGCCGAGGCUGCUGAGAACCAGCCCUCGACCUCUACUUGAGGGUCCUUCCUCUGAAGACGUCACCAGUGUGUGGAGCCUGCCCCACACCCACCCCCUGCCAAACCACGGCCUUUACCUGUGUCUUCCGGUGUUUCCCGUGCGACCCAUCCUGUGGGAGUGCCUCGUGGGCUGCCCCAGAGCUCACCCCACGCUCAGCGGCGCCAAUGGUGAAGAUGACAAGAUCCAAGACUUUCCAGGCAUAUCUGCCCUCCUGCCAUCGGACCUAUAGCUGCAUUCACUGCAGGGCUCACUUGGCCAAUCAUGAUGAACUCAUUUCCAAGUCGUUCCAAGGAAGUCAAGGACGAGCAUACCUCUUUAACUCAGUAGUUAAUGUGGGCUGUGGGCCUGCAGAGGAGCGAGUGUUGCUCACCGGACUACAUGCAGUUGCAGACAUUUACUGUGAAAACUGCAAAACCACUCUGGGCUGGAAAUAUGAACAUGCUUUUGAAAGCAGCCAGAAAUAUAAAGAAGGCAAAUACAUCAUUGAACUAGCACACAUGAUCAAGGACAAUGGCUGGGACUGAUCCGACACCAUCUACCCAACCCAGUGUCCAUGUGAAUGCCAUCUAACUGAACAUUCUACCCAAGCGUGAGAGAGUGACUGAACACUUGGUUCCAUCCAUUUAGGGGCCUUCCCAUCUGGGGCAUCCUCCCACACUGACACCAUCUUUCUGGUGACCGGCCUCUAAAUUGCCGUCUCUCUGUCUCUUUGCUUUGUAUCUGUUUGUGAGUUGAUCCUGGCUUCUCUCUCUGUUCUAGUGUUGGCUGAAAACAAAAACAACAAAAGGAACAGAUCCUUGACCACAUGGCGGCAGCCCACCUUGGAAAGGGCCCCAGGGCCCAUGCAAGAGCUGCCUGAUGGCCUCUUGUCAGGAAAGCAGUGACGUGGCACGUGGGCAUUAGGAAGAGGGAAAAGGGGGAAUCCCAAGGGUCCUGGGAAUGGGCAGAGGGUGGGAGGGUUGAGGUAGGAACAAAAUUGCACUGCUCCUGGAGACCUGGUAACUUAGGCUUGAAAUAAUCAACCUGUCUAAAAGGACAAAGAGAAAAAAAAUAUACCUCAUGGCUGCAAUAUCUCUGAUCAGAAGCUUCUGUACGUGACACCACGUGUGCCAGGAUAGCAAAUGAGCACAAGCAGUGGCCCUAAUUCUAGCUGACAGGGCAAGAGCCUAGUUCUCUUGGGCUGAGCUGGGGCAUGUACUGGCAGCAGUGAGUGAGAUAGGUGAGGCCCUGAUGAGUUCUGAUCUGGUUCCUCACUCGGCCCCUGGGCAAUCAUCUCUGCUUCCUUAGCCACUGUGUGUGAGGGCAGAGGACACUGGCAAUGUACGCAAGGUGCAAAUGUCCCAAAGGCUUUGACCAGCAACCAAGUAAAAUCAGGAAUUCAGGCAAGCAGCGAAUAAGAGAGGGGCUGGUGCUUGGGAGCUCCUAAAGAAAUAGCUCAGAUUUUGAGCCAGAAAAAUUUAAAGUACAAAUAUUAGCAAUGCUGACCGUCUACCCCUUUUCCCUGACCCUUAGCAAUACUGAUUCGUAUUGCCAGGGGAAGAAGCUGACUGGAACAGUAUGAAGAAUAGUUCAGAUUUGAACCAGUCCAGGUUAGGUGCAUCUUUGCUCUUUGGAUACGCAGUGGCUUCGGUGGGAUCAGCGAUUCUUUGUAGUGUUCAGGGUGUUUUUCUGUGGAAGAUAAAGGCCUUGAGCCUAGGGAUCACCUGGUUGGUUACUCUUCUUGGACCUUCAGUGUCUUAUGUGGAGAGAAAUCUGUCAGACUGGUCCAGCAAUGAGGAGGGGUUACAAAUCCGAAUAUUACCCCCUUUCUCCUCCCCCUCCCUAUGCAAACUUCAGAGCAUUAGGGAAGUGAAGAACAGAUCCCUUACAAAAAAAAAGGCUUACAAAAAAAAGUUUGAUCCAUUUCAUCAACACUGUGAAGUCUCCUCUGCAGCCAUUCAUCCAGGUACAUGGUGCAGGACUGAAACUCCAAUUUCAUUUCUUAGACUGAAAAUAUUAAGAUACUUGCAGAUGAGGUAAUUCAAACCUUCUAGUCCUCCAAGCAGGCUGCUCCUAUAGGAAAAUUCACCUUAACAGCCUCACAAAGAGUGGGUUCAUGGAGAUAAGAAUUUGUAAAGUUGGUUAAGAGUAAAGCUGCAAACCCUCAGACAUUUUCAGAAUCUCAUCAGCAACAGAACGAAAUUCCCAUAAGAAAGGAGUCUACGAUGGAAAUACCUUUUGUGUCUCCAUGUGCUGACUGUAGAAUGGGAGAUUUGAGACAGUCAUGGUCCUGCCCUGCCCCUGGCAGAUGGCAGGAUGACAGAAAACAGGGUAGUUCCAUGUUUGGCAAUAAGCGUGCCUCUCCUCUUUAAAGACAGAAGGAUUUCUAGAAAUUGAAUUUUGGACUGGCAUGGAGACAUACCACUAUAAUCCCAGCAAUUUGGGAGGCUGAGGUAGGAGGAACUCAAGUUCCAGACCAGCCUCAACAACUUAUUGAGACCCUAUCUCAAAAUAAAAAGGGCUACGGAUGUAGUUUAGUGGUAGAGUGCCCCUGGGUUCAGUCCCUAGUACCAAGGGGGAAAACAUUGAAUUUUGUUCUCCAGGGCUUCUUGUCUAAGAAGUAGCCGUAGAGAUUAAGUUGUUCUCCCUCCCUUUAUUGCAAGGCAGACUGAGGUUCAGAAGUAUUUAAUUUCUGCUCCCAGGCCCAAGUUUUCAAACAUUUUCCAACUUUCACAUUCCUAAGCUGGCUUGCCAUGACAGAAAUCAUGGAUUUCCCCCUCUUUUCCUCCUGAAGCAAGUGGCCUUCAUUUGUGGAUUCAGUUAGAUAGACCCUUUGCUCAGGGACUAUCCUGGCUAUUAAGAGUCUCUUUCAUAAAAAGAAAAUGGGAUUAAAUGAAGACAGGUGUUUUGUCUUUAAAUCUACAGUUUUAAGGUAGUCACGUGGACAUGGGAUGUCCUAGAAUUGUCAAGGGGCAGAGAAGGAGACCAAUGUGCCACUGUUCUUCCUUGGAGAUGGGGCCUUUGACUGUAGCAUGGAUCAGAGCAGUUUCCAAUCAGACCCUGCUGCUGGGUUUUUUCCAGUCACCAUCCAUUGAGCAUCCAGUGGGUGGAUGGCACCAUACUUGGUGCAAGAGAUCUGAGUAGAGUGUAGGUUUUUCCAUAACUACAGGGGGAAAAACAACUCAUUAGGCUUCCCUUUGUGUCAGUGAAACCAAAAGUGCUUCUUAUAACUAGCUCUAUUUGUGGUUUGUCUAUCAUUUAGCAGUAUUGGAGAGGCCACAGCUGAGCAAUGGAGACCCGUCAACCCCCAUGGCCUUGGUCAGUUUAUUCUUUAAUUUUCUCACCAAAUUAUUGACCCAGAGCAUAACCAAAGACCUCAUCCAUUCACCCUAAGUAGGUUCAGGGAAUUGGAGUUUGUUGAUUAAACUCGGGGGUGGAGUUACGGGGAGAAGGGAAAAGGAGAAGUGAGAAAGGGAAAAGCGGGAAGUUCUAUACCUCAGCCAGCAGCUGCCUUCAUUUUGAACUGAAGACCAGCUAGCAGAUUUGUGUUCCAGCCCCCCUGCACCACCCUAGGUCAUAUGGCCUUGGCCACCCUGAAGUGCACCCAGGCCUCCACCCCCGCCCCUGGGAUAUUAGUCUCAGGCUGCUGAUGGGUUGAUUUGACAUAAAUCAAAUAGAGCCAAACUUGAUGCCCACAAGUUCUCAGCUGGGUCUGAGUACUACCCCAGCUCCUGUGACCACAAGAUCACAUACACAGGGUAAAGUUAGUCUUUACUAGUGGGUCAGUGUGUGCAAAGAGGUGUCCCCUUUAUGAUAAGAUUUUCAAGUAGAUAUAUCUAUACAUAUAUAUAUGAAAAAAAAGUUGCUUGUGAAAUAUACUUUUGUAAAUAAUAUUUAAUUUUUUAAAUAAUAUAUUUGGUGCUGUUUUCUCAGAUCCCCUGAGAGCACUUUUUAUUUUAAUUCUAUGAUUUCCUCUGCAUUUCUUGAAAUAUAUUUUAAGGGAAACAGUAAUCACCAAUGUACUUUUUUUUCUUCUUUUUUGAGGAUAUCUCACUUUAAUCUGGAUUAAGGCUUUAAAGCAAUGCCUGUCUGUAUCCCCCACUACCACCACCCUACCAUGGAACAGACUCUGCAGUAAAUUACCAGGUUGAAAACGGAAAUAUUUUCUUGCACUAAUAUUGACUAGAAAAGAAAAUAAAUAAAACCAAGUAAAUUUAGUAGUAACAAUUUAGAGUAAUUACACUUGUUGGGGGAAAAAAAUCCAACAAAUCAGGAUCUUGAAUUUGAUUGACUGUGUGUGUGUGUGAGAGAGAGAGAGAGAAUGUGAGUGAAAGCAUUUUGGAUUGUGCCUCCUGUUUUUUCUUUUGGGGGACACUGUAACUAUAGUUUACACUGUGGGCACAUAAGGUUUUUCUUCUUUCUCUCUGGUUGUUUUUGUUUCUGAGUGGACCAACAGCACAAACCACGAGAUCUUUGUUUUCCUGAGCACAGAGCUGUUGCAUUUUGUUCCUUUUUUUCUUUGUGUGCUCAACUUUCACAGACUGCAAAGGAAAUUUGUUUGCAAAGAGCAAGCAGAGUCAAAUCUGUACUUUUAACUGAGAUGUGAGCGUAUUAAUCACGUGUCCCAGGGCUCUGGUUGUUUUAGAAGCCACAUCAUGUUAAACAUUAACUGGUUUGGGUUAAAAGAACGUUAAUAACAUAAUACACAUACCUUCUAGGUAAACAGCUUUUUUUUUUUAAGGUCAGAUUGCCUCAGGUUCAUGAAGAGGCUGGGAAAUCAAAUCUUGAAUACAAUCAAUUCACAUAUUUUAAAAUAAUCUGCCACAAAGGCGAAAACAUGCUAGUCCUAUGAGAAGAGAAAAAGAUUAAUUUUUUUAAAAAGUAUGGUCAUAAAAUUUACUGGCAGUAGAAGAUAAAGCCAAGAAACAAGGAUUCUCUUGUUACCCAGUUCUAUCUGCCCAUGUGUUUUAUAACAUUUUGGUGAAAGUGGGAGUUGGUUCCCUUUUCCCAACCUGCAGAGACUAUCUUACAAUACAGAAUCUAUUUAUGCUUGUGUUUACAAACUGUAUUUGUUGGGUUUGGGUUGUUUUGUUUUUGUCUUUGUUGGCAUUUUUUCAGGUCACUUGGCUUUGAUAACAAAGGUAAUUGUUAUCAAAUAAUUUGUCUUCACCUUUUCCUGUAUUUGUACAUAGUGAUGCAGUAUUAGAGAAGUGCAUUGUUUCUGUCAUAUUUCUGAUCUGUGUUGGUGCUCAUUUGAGAAAAUAAAGUUUUCAAAUAUUAA